AGAACGUCGUGACAAUCGAUUCGCUGACGAAAUCCUGCACCUUGGAAAAUUUCGCUGGUGGAAGUGGAAAAAUUUAUCAAUUUGAUGCUGCGUUUGGCCCAUCCGCUACGACAGAAUCGGUUUACGAAAAUGUGGGUUCGGUCAUUGUCGAGGCUGUGUUGGAGGGUUAUAAUGGUACCGUGUUUGCUUAUGGACAAACUGGUUGCGGAAAAUCGUUUACCAUGCGAGGAUUCAUCGAACGAACACUGGAACAUUUGUUUGAGGCGACCUCCACUGCCAGUUCCGAGACAAGAUACUUAGCGUUGCUGAGCUAUCUUGAGAUCUACAAUGAACGAUUGCGAGAUUUGUUACAAGACAAUACCGGGGAGACUUUGACUCUGAAAGAGGAUCUUACAAAAGGUACUUAUGUCGCAGGCGGUCUGCGCGAGGUUACCGUCAAAGACGCGGCCGAAUGCACCGCGUUGGUCCGGCAAGGCGAUCAAAGAAGAGCAGCAGCCGCGACGAAAAUGAACGCUGCCAGUUCAAGAAGUCACGCUGUUUUAACUCUGUCACUCGAAGCAAUCGCAAUUAAUGACGAUGAUAAACACGGCAAUGCUAUCAGAAGGGGACGACUGCAUCUAGUCGAUCUUGCAGGAUCUGAGAGACAAGCUAGGACCGGAGCUACAGGUGAUCGUUUGAAAGAAGCUGCCAGUAUCAAUCUGAGCUUGUCGGCAUUGGGGAAUGUCAUUAGUGCAUUAGCUGCCGGAAAUGGAAGACAUGUUCCUUAUAGGGAUAGUAAACUGACAAGACUGCUGCGAGAUAGUCUGGGUGGAAAUGCCAGAACUCUAAUGAUCGCCUGCGUGAGCCCAAGCGACAUUGAUGCUGAAGAGACCCUCAGUACUUUGCGCUAUGCCGCCCGAGCUCGUUGUAUCAAGAACAAACCCAUUGUUAAUGAAGACCCCAAAGACGCUCUUCUCAGACAGUAUCAGUUGGAACUUCAACGUUUGAGAAAGUUGCUUGAUUCUAGUGAUCAAUUAAAUGUUGGAUUGGACUUCCAGAAGGAAAUAGAGGAACAGGGAGAAAAUUUGAAGGAGAAGCAAUACACCGAAGAGGUGGAGAAGCUGAGAAAAGAAUGCGAAAACUCAAAUUUAUCGGCUCAGAAGCUAAAAGAAGAGCUAGAAGCCCUAAAGUCUCGAUAUGAAUCGGGAUUAAAUGUGAUGAACAAUGUAGAUAAGAAUGAAAAUCUCAAUCAAGAGAUUCAAGAAAUGGAUGAAUCGGAUAAGGAACGAAUAGAAAGAAGAAGGAAGAAGAGAGAGGCAGCUUUGCAAGAUGUAUUAAGAAAAUUGGAAAAACUGACGAUUGGCGGAGAGGAGAUCGGCAAUGUGGAGCUAAAGAGGAGAAGAGAGAAAAGAAGGAAGAAACUGGAAGCUCUUGUAGGGGCGCUGGAAGCUAACGACGCCAAUAGUAGUGUCUUCCAAGUCUACGGCCAACUCAGAUCGACAGAAGAUGCACUGAAAAGGAUGGCAAAGCGAGUGAAACAACUAGAAGCCGAAGCGGCGGAUCUUCAGGCAUCUUGGGAUGCCGAGCGCCGCGAACUUCUUCGAAGAGAAUUAUUGACAUCUCAAUUAUGCGAUCUUAUGAUACCUUAUCUUCGUCCGGGAUGUCCCUUUCGAGAUCUUACAGCAGUGAGGGCGGCGGCAACCUGGUGCGACGAAUUAGGACGAUGGCGAUUACCGGACGUGUCUCCUCACAUUCCUCUACCUCCAGCCGCUCCUGUAACGCGGGGGGAUAUUCUUUAUUCAACUAGAAUUUCAUCUAAGGCGGAUCUCAAUAAUAACAGUAAUAACAGCGGUAACAACGAUGAGGACGAGGAGAGUGAUCAAGAUAAUAAUAACGAGGGAAAUAGUAAAGGUAUGGAGAAAAAAAGGGGUUGGGAUGUCGUGGAUACUUAUUUCCGAAGAAGUAGAGUGGAUACUCUCUUGGCACACGCAAGAGAAGCAAAAACUUUCGAACCGGGGAAUCGUCUGAGCAGAUCCGGCGGCUCGGAAGAUUCGAUGCCGAUUGCAGGUAGCAGUGGCUAUCUGCAGCUAAACGCGCUGAAUUUACAAAGCAGCGCGCCGGUGCUCGGCAACAGCAGCUAUAAUCCGAAUCAGCGCAGAUCGGCGAUUCGCGGUGGCUGGGUUAACGAUGAACAACCUACUCGGCCUAUCUACAAUACUUUUAUCAACACCACGAAGAAGCCUCCUCCAAGGAUACUGGAAGCCUUACCUUCGUAUCCUCACGACGAUGUGCCUUUCAAUCGAUCGCCUGUUCGCCUUAGCAAGGAAGAGUUGAAGGUGUCUGACAAUGAACGAAAAGUGUCGUCGAGAUUGCUACGCAACAAUGAUACCUUUGCCUGUCACCAUCCGUUCCACGUCGAGCACGCCUGCUCGCCAACUUAUUGAUGAUCUACUUAUAAUUUUUAACCAUACACCAAAUAUCUUGGCUGUGCGUGUUAAAAAAGAGACUAGGGGAAUUGUGCGGGAAAUAUAUAAAGUACGUUUAUUCAAAGGUGCUUUUGGGAGAAAAGAUAACAUAACAUUUUUUUUUUUUUUUUUAAUCGGUUUUUAUAUUUAUUAAG